UUCUCACACUCCAGCACACAAGAUUUUCCUGCAACCUGAGACAGACACACUCAGGAAUGAAGACAGACUCUACGAGUCGAGGAUUCCAGGCUUCACACCGACCUGUUAAGAAAUACCACCAACAACUUACUGCCUGCGUAUUGGAAAGGGUUGGAGAGGCUUUUGUGAGAGGCAGGUGAACUCUGGUCUCCCGGGAGAUUACAGGACAUGCUUCCAGCCACUGAGCGGCAUGGAUUCAUGGGAAGCUUGCUCACUGGGAGAAGACUAAACCACUGAAAACAUUCAGGCCGAAGUCCUCUUUAAGUGAUGUUGUGAAAUUCCACCAUAUUCAACCUGUUUGUGAGUCAUUAAACACGAGGAUGUUUAUUUUCUUUUUCCUUUUUACCACCAGCCUAACGCAGAAGGUAAGAGAAGUGGGGGAGAUUUAGUCCACAUAAAGGCUUUUUGUUCCACCGGCAGAAGUGAAACAGGAGCAGCUUGGGUAACUGGGAAUGGGGGUAUGGACCUUUUGUGACUUUGUCAAUGGACACUGAAAGUACUAUCGGUUUUGGUUCGCUCUUCAGCUGGAGUGACACUGAGCGUAAAAAUGGACAGUGCAAGUAACGACUCAAAUGAGCCGGGGAAGCAGCCCACUGGCUCCAUCCUGAAUGCUUUGACCGGUUUCUUCACACGGGAUCAAGCCGUAUCUAAAGAUGCGCAGCAUCCGGCCGUGUUGACGUCUUACAAGGAGCUGACGGAUGAAGUUGUGCCUGAAGAUGGUCCCGUUACCGGUGAAAACGACCUCCAGGGGAAUCAGGUUCAUCAGGAUGAUGAGAGAGUGCCAACGGGUGAACAAGAGGGAGUAGCGGCAGGAGCCGCGGUCGACCCAGAUCUGGUGCAGGUCACGAGGGUGGAAACCUAUAGUGACCCGGAAAAUGAUGAGGAGGAGACGUCCCUCAGUAGCACGGGUCUGCAGGAGAAACUUGGCAGCUCUCGGGGGUCUCCCGUACCCGAGGGGGAGGAGAAGGCAGCUGAACACGGCGACAGUGAGGAGCCAGAAGUGCCUUGGUUUAGGACCCACAAACUCAGAGGAAGGUCACGUGUAGAGGCUCUGUUAUUCUCCAGCAGAUUCUCCAGUAAGAGUUCCCUGGUCUCCCCUGGGUCGAAACAGGGCGACGACUGCAGUCCGGAGGGGAGUACUGCAGCAACAUCAGGUGCUGAAGGGAACGCGGGGCUGGAUGUGAGCACAGAUCAGAAGGAGGAGGACACUGGCAUCGAUUGUUCUCUGCCUGUUCCCUCAGUCAGAUCUGGGCAACUGAUUUCGGAGGCUCCAGAUCAUAACAGCAACGUAGUCUCUCCAUUAAAACUAACACGAAACAAUGAGACGCACGAGGAACAAGCUGAGGCAGGGACUGAGGAGACUUGCUCCACUCAGACGUCUACGGACGCUCCUUCCAGCCCCAACACUCCUCAAGUCUUAAACCAAUCACCUUCAGGGGCUGAGCUGCAUAAAUCUACGGUAUCUACACCUGAAGAGUCCCUAAAUGACAGCCAUCCACGCGCUAGCCCGGCUGACCAGCGCACUGCAGAUACAAAGACACCAGAAACAAGUAAAACACCACCAGUCUCAUCGGCUGCCGCCGCCUCCUCCAGCUCAUCCUCGUCCACCGGGACAGCGUUCUCCUCCCCCCCUUCCUUCCAGAUGCCGGCUCUCUUCAGUGGUUUACGGGUGCUGAAGAAGGGGGCGGUGGGAGAAGACAGGGAAGUGGUGUCAGAGAUAAAGCAGAGGCAGAAGGAUGCAGAUCUGGCCCUGCUCAACCUCAAGAAGACGGUUCACAAAGCCAAGCUCUCCCCCGAGCAGAAGGCAAGCACUCCUGUUAAGAAGCAGUUGGAGCCCAAAUCAGUCUCAGAAUGUAAUGCAGUGGGGCAACUCAGUCAGAUGCUCAACCUGGACAACCAUGACAACACUACUAAGUCAAAUAAUGAGCAGGAGGGUGAGUCUUUUCAUGGCAAAGAAGCGUGUGAGCAGAGAGAAGACGCUGCGGGAGAGAAAACUCCCCUCUCUGAAUCCCCCAAAUCCUCUCCUGAGAAGAAGAAAACGACAGACAUGGCCUACGAAGCCUUCAAGAACAUUUUUGGCCCUAAAACUGUCAAAAAGGAAAAGUCUGAGAAUGUGGAUCUGGAAACGGUGAAAAAGAGAAUCAAGAAUGACAAGGAAAGUCUGCGGCUGAUAUUUGAGAGAACCUCCAAAUCUCCUGGCAAGGACUUGACACCUCCCAAAGAGACAGCUACGGAGGUCACGACCCCUACGGACAGUGAGGACAGGACUCCAGGGCGGCUGCAGGCCGUGUGGCCGCCACCCAAACCCAAGGAUGAGGAGGAGAAGGUUGGGCUCAGGUACACCGAGGCCGAGCACCAGGCCGCUCUCCUGCAGCUCAAGAGAAAGUGCAAAGAAGAUCUGGAAAAGAUGCACGCUGACUAUGAGGUCAGGAUCUUCCAGCUGCGCGGCGAGCACGCCGUCUCCACUUCGAGCCUGGAGGCCGUCAUCGCCAAGCUGCAGACGGAUAAGCGGCCCAGCAAGGGCCCGGAGAGCGCUGAGGUCCGCGACGUGGCCGUGUCCACGUGGGACGACCUGGCUCAGAGGACGUACCGCACCGUGGGCAUCCAGACGGACCGGGACACCUUCAUCAGGAGCCCCGAGGGGGACGGGGGCCACGGCGCCCAAAGCCCCGGCCAGAACCCGCCCAAGAAGCUCAACUUGGACUCCAUCGGACUGACUCUCAAAGCUGAGACGGCCCCUGGUCCUCCUGGACCGCCCCCGCCCCCGCCACCACCUCCUCCACCUCCCCUCCCCCCACCAGGCCACUCAGGACCACCCCCACCCCCUCCUCCUCCGCCUUUACCAGGCCACGCCGGACUACCGCCGCCGCCACCACCUCCACCUCCACCUCCACUGCCAGGAAUGGCUCCACCACCGCCGCCACCUCCACCUCCUCCACCUGGCCUACCUGGAGCUUGUCCACCUCCUCCCCCUCCUCCUCCUCCAGGCGGCGGCCCCCCUCCUCCUCCCCCCAUGGGUGGAUUCGGCCUGAAAGUGGAUACGGCCCCGAGGAAGCUCGCCAUCGAGCCCGCCUGCCCCAUGAAGCCCCUGUACUGGACCAGGAUCCAGAUACACGACAACAAUAACAACACGCUGUGGGGGUCUUUGAAGGAGCCUGACAUUGUCAACACCAAUGAAUUUGAGGAUCUUUUCUCCAAAGCCACACUGCAGCAGAAAAAGAAGCCCCUGUCAGACACCUUUGAAAAGAAAACCAAAACUAAGAAGAUCAUCAAGCUGCUGGACGGAAAGCGUUCGCAGACAGUUGGGAUCCUCAUAUCCAGUCUGCACCUGGAGAUGAAGGACAUCCAGCAAGCCGUGCUUAACGUGGACAACUCUGUGGUGGAUUUGGAGACCGUUGAGGCCUUGUUUGAAAAUAGGGCCACCAGUGAUGAGAUGGAGAAAAUAACGAGGCAUUAUCAGACCUCCAAAGAAGAUGAAGUGAAACUGCUGGACAAACCUGAACAGUUUCUCUACGAGCUCUCCCGGAUUCCUGACUUCGCAGGCCGAGCCCACUGCAUCAUCUUCCAGUCGGUGUUCCUCGAUACCAUGUCCUCUUUACGUCGCAAGGUGGAGAUCAUCUCCAAUCUCUGCAAAGAGCUGCUCGAAUGCAGUAACCUGCGGGAUGUAAUGAGUCUAGUCCUGGCCUUCGGGAACUACAUGAACGGAGGGAACAGGACAAGGGGUCAAGCUGACGGCUUUGGUUUGGAGAUCCUCCCUAAGCUAAAGGAUGUCAAGAGCAGGGACAAUCGCACCAACCUGGUGGAUUAUGUUGUUUUAUACUACUUGCGCAAUUACGAUAAACACGCUGGCACAGAUAAGAGCGUGUUCCCUCUGCCGGAGCCUCAAGACUUCUUCCAGGGUGCUCAGGUCAAGUUUGACGACCUCGCCAAAGACGUCAGGAAGCUGAAGAGGGAUCUAGCCGCUUGUGAGAAGGAAGUGCAGAAAGUGUGCGCCAACUCCUCCGAGGAACACCUGCAGCCAUUCAAGGAAAAGAUGGAGGCCUUCGUAUCUACUGCCCAGAAGGACCACUCUGCCGAGGACGACCGUCUCCAAGCGGCUCAGAAAAGCUUCCAGGACGUGGCGGGCUACUUCGGUAUAAGGCCAAAGUCCGGGGAGAAAGAAGUCACCCCGAAUCACGUCUUCAUGCUCUGGUACGAGUUCUGCAACGACUUCAAGAACACCUGGAUACGGCAAAGCAAGAAUAUCUCCAAGGAAAGGUUGAAAGAAGCUCAAGAAAACAUCAAAAAGAUCACGGCGGAGAAGAGAGUUGAGACUAAGAAGAUCAAUGCCAACAGUCUGAAAGAGAGGCUGAGGCAGAAGGAAGCCGGCGUGUCCUCCAGCUGAGCUAGACGGAGACUGACAAAGCGGAAGGAGGAUAAGAAGAAGGUGAAGAAGCUCGCAGGCCCCGUCCCCGCCGCAUUCACCACCUGCCACACGAUAACAUAAUAAAUCCUCACCAGACUCGUCAUAUCUCCGCUUAACUAACAGCCCCGGACACCCCCCCCUCCUCCCCAUUACCCCACACUCCACCACCUUUUCUUCCCAACCCCUGCAGUGAGGAUGCAUGGCUGACACGGCCCCAGUGAUGGGAGUCUUAAAGGCCAAAGGUUGACCUCAUUCAUCCAGCGUGGCGUGACCUCUAAGUGCCCAGCUUGUGAAAGGUCUCUGGGGUUCAGCGGGAUUCUCAGCGGUGCCAGCUGACGCGUCAACAAGGCUCCCGCUGGAUCGUUAGGGCGCUGAAAAUCGCUCCUUUCCCCCGAAGUUCAUCGGACAGGAUACAGUACGUGCUGAGCACACCCCGAAAUAGUCGCGCUCGGAAACGCCGGAGUUGUUGCGGGAACAGAUACGGCUUCCUGGCGGCGUCUGCUGAAAGGCAAAUCCCUGUUGACAAAACAGAUCUCUGCCUUAAAGCCGGAAGUUAGCAGCUCCCAGUGUCCUCCUGCUGCAGCGAAAAGCUUUUCAUUCACCACGGCUCAUUAGAAGUCUUGUAAAUAUGUCAUGCAGUCAGAUCGGAGGAGCACGAUAAAUGACCCAAAGUUCGCUUCAUGCGCUGAUGAAGACAUGUUGAGUUUGAACUGCUGUAUAUAUUAGUUGUGUGUGAAUGCGUGGAGGUUUAUCUGGUGUGUGUGUGUGUGUGUGAGUGUGUGAGAGACCUCUCGUGGGUGACGGCCACAGGAGAGCAGACACCAGUGGAGCCCAGCAGGCGGGGGAGCAUGUGCUCUGUGAUUUAAAAAAAAAAAAAAAAAGAAAGUAAUUGCACUGUUUGCCUUCUCGUGUCUCGCCGAGUUUUAAGCACCUUCCCACUCUUGUGGUAGCCGUACGCCGUUAACCACGCCGUUAACCACGCUGUCCCGGUAACCAUUACCGCGUGCACUCCUCCUCCAGCCGUCCUGCACUUUCUUUCUUUCUUUUUUUUUACACUGCUUUUCCUAUGCAAGAAUAUAUUUACUAAAAGAUGUGUAUCAAUUGUAUUGCAUGAUGCAAUCCUGUUAGUUUUAUUUUAAAGAGCGAAUAAUAAAGUUGAGUUUUAUGUACUAAUGGGCAAAUGUAACUGUCAUCCAGCCAGUCUAUCUAUGUAAAAAAAAAAACAGAAAAAAAACUUUAAGCUGAAAGCAUUACUUCUGUUGCUUUUUUUUCCUUUUUUUUGAGGUUUGCUGAAUUGUAACUGAACCGACUGGAGAGCGUUCUGAUGAAAUGUACAUGUUGCUCACGGUGUUACGUGAGUGUUUGAAGAUUUGAAAUGGAAAUGUAUAAAGUGCGAGAGUUGCCUUUUUGAGCUGUUUUAGGUAGUGAGAAGAAGCCAUGUAAGAUGUAAUACCUCAGACGGACGACACUGCAAUAUUAUCCAUAAAACUGCACCUUGAAUAGCUUUUUUUACCCUCUAAAGUUCUUCGCUGGUGCCAUUUAUUUUUUUAUAAAAGUCAAAAACUGCUCUAUUUUCCUUCGAAAAAGAUAGACGAACAGAACUGAGCUGAUAUUGACCAUGGAAUUGUUGCGGCCUCUCGUGUGUGUGUGUGUGUGUGUGUGUGUGUGUGUGUGUGUGUGUGUGUGUGUGUGUGUGUGUGUGUGUGUGUGUGUGUGUGUGUGUGUGUGUGUGUGUGUGUGUGUGUGUGUGUGUGUGUGUGUGUGUGUGUGUGUGUGUGUGUGUGUGUGUGUGUGUGUGUGUGUGUGUCCUCAGUAGCGCUUACGUAGGUGCUCUGUGAUUUUAUGGAAUAGUUUUACAUUUCAGAAAUAAACUACUGGGUGCUGAAACAGCCAUUUGGGUAAAUGUUGGCACUUUGAAAGAUGUUUGACCACUUCUGUUAGGCCUGCAUCGUGUAAACCUGAUAUUUAUGUUCAAAGUCUGAUGUGUCAAAAGGGGUUUGAGGAUUCCUAAAGCUGCUGGGCAGCUCCCUAAACUAAACACCAGAAUGAAAUAUGACUGUCGAGCCUUGUUUUUUGGACAUCUAAGCUUGUGUCUGGAAAUCUCCUGAAAUAAAACUGAUCAUU